GUGCUGACAACCUCCUUCGCGGCCUGCAUAGAGUAGAAGAAGCGUGAUGUCCUCCGCCAUUGGUCGCACCGAGCAUCCCGUUGGUGUGCAAGAUGCUGUCGAGGCAUUAGAAAGAGCAUGUGCUAUUCCGGCAAAGCGACGAGCAGUAAAGGUAUCCGGCAUCGUCGAUACGAUCUGCCGUCAUGCAUUUGAAGACGGACUCAAUACAGAUGACCUUCGGGCCGUCGUACGGGUUAUAUCAAGAAAAACAGAAUUAGAUCAAAGCAGUGUAACCAGCUUGAUUAAGAACCUGUACCCUGCGCAGAGAGUGGCCGAGGACAUCGUGGUGACCGUUGUAGGGGCUCUUGGUCAGGGGAAGGGCAAGCCUUCGUUGGGUACCCAGAACGGCCUUGUGAAAUGGCUUGUCACCGUGCACAGCAUUAUCGACCGUGCCAAUGUCCUCUCUCGUUUAUACGGUGUCCUGUUUGGGAUGCUGGAUAUGAUCAGUAUCAGAACCCCUUUGUGCCAUCUACUGUCCCUCAUUACUCGCCGGAGGCAUGUGAAACCCUUCAGAAUUCAGCGAUUACUUGAACUAUCUCGUGGAUUGAGCAAUGAGCCUGCCCUCCAAGGUCUGCUCCGCGUCUACAAAGAUUACUACCCGGACAUCAUUCUUUCGAACACCUCAACGAGCCGUAACUCUUUUCCUCCGCGUCCCGACUCUGAAUGGCAGAAUAGGCUUCGAAGCAUCAUAGAAGCCAGUGCCAUUCCGGAUGAGGCCAUUUCGGAGCAGCAUCACGGCUUCCGCUUAUUGAGAAGAAAAUAUAGAACGGGUAGAGAGGCAGUCAUCCCUGAGGCACAUACCUUCAAGGCAAAUGAGGCUUCUGUUACGCUCGAGGAGGUUGAUAGCGUAGACGACUUCAUCGGGAGGCUAGAGAGGAUCGAACCUCCGGGACAAAUGGUCUCUUUCCUCGCAGACCCCCUACUCCAGAAAUAUGUGGACUUAAGACCAACCCCGAUAUCCAACAACCGCAUAGAUCUAUGGCUUGCAACGUCCCUAGAGGAGGAAUACAACAGUGCACAAUCUGCGAUGGAUUCCACGCCAGAGUUUGCAGAACUCCUUCAAAAUAUCCACAGGCAUACCCGUUAUACCAAGACUAUCCGCCCGGUUGUUUUGAGGUUCCUCGCCGCUUACCUUCCAGUGUGGGACGCAGUAACCGGUUUCGAUGACUUGCUUGGCAUCUUGUCAUACAUACCCAUUCAGUCCUUUCAAAAGGCGUAUGGGACUUACUUUACCCCUCUGGAAAAAUCAUGUGCCAAUGGCAAUCCUUCAUCAUAUUCAAAACUCAUAACAUUUUACGAAAACCUCAUACAGCACUGGACAGACCAAGUUCUGUCUUUCCAGAAUCCGUCCAAGGAUGACAUGUCAGCGCACCGCAGAAGUCUGGAGGACCUAGCCACCCACGUAUCUUCGAUUUGCUUGUCAUUAGCCGUCUCACUACCAACAGACUCUGGCUCACCGCUCCUUAUGGCUGUACUAGGCUUCUAUGAGACGCUUUCAGGUGUUCCUCAGGACACUAUAGUGCCAAUCCUCCUUCCUCCUCCCCACCUAUCCUACCUACUUGCGCAAAGUGCCUCCACGACAACCUUUUCGCGUAUCUGCGGCAUAUAUGCAAGUUACAAGGGUGCCUUCGACAGACAUCCAAAGCCGAUUUCAAACUACAUCCACCACGACACCACAACAUCGUUCAAUUCGAUCCUUCGAGACCUAUACAAUUCUCUAUGGGGAUCCAAAGCCCUGCAGGUUACGGACAAUUCUCCCGCCUUCUUCUGCACCCCAGCACUCCGAGAUUCACUAAACAGCUGUCUCAGCGGCAUUGAGCCUGAAUAUUCCGUUGGAAUAGCAUUCGGCUUGUCGAACAAUGCCUGGCUCGCUUCCCUCUCGGCGGCUGCAUGGUGGUCUCUGGAGGAAGGCGAGAUGGAGAGACGCGGAUACGAUCGCGAUGCAAUGAGGUGGCAUAAGGGCCCUGUCUCACAGAAGUCGCUCGAGUCGCUGAGCAAGAAUGGGGGCGUCAGUGUCCCGCUGCUGGAUUACAAGAGGUUCGUUCUGGAGUGGUUGGCUGCGAGGGGUUGUGGGGGAUUUGCAGAGUUGAUGUAUGCCACACAUGCGAAGUUGAGGAGGUGAAUACUGAAGGGCACAUCCUUCUGGUAAUGCAUGCGAAAGUCUGCACACGUGACUAUGAAGCCCAUUCCAAUGCAAGGAAAUAGGACAGGAUAAAUAUUGGGGGGUCUUAGACAGUUGUGACGUUAUAAUACAGAAGGGUCCAACUAAGCCUUUGCCAUGUACUCU